UGCCAGCUACUUCCGCUGCUGUGUCAAGCUGAGGCUACACAGUAAAUUCUUGUUCAUCUUUCUGGACUUGCAGAUACAUUCAGCCUGCUCACGCCACUCAGAUUAUUCAUUUGCCUUGGUCAAAAGAGCCACAUAAAUUGAAGACUGGAAGUGCAUCCGUUGUUUGUCUGCUAACUAAGCAGCUGAUUUGCUCAAAUUGACAUCUGCUGGUGUCAUUCCUCUGAGGACAGACCAUCUGCUGAAAAUCUGUGUGAAGCUGUAUUUGGGACAUUGUCUCGAUAUCAGACAAACAUUGCUCUGUUGUUGUGGUGACACUCAAGCGAGACCUAGAUUGACAGGUCUCCCUCCAGAGUAACUUUUCAGAGCAGCCACCAAAAGGAACAUGUGCUAGAAGUUCAACAUCUGUCCUAAACAACUGGUCAGCUUUGACUCUAGAAGAUGAGCAAUGACGAUGAGUUCUUCGAUGCCGUCACAGGCCUGGAAUCGGACGAGUCGUGCGAGGGGCUGUCGGAGGCCAGUUUCAAAGAUGCACAAGGGAUUGACAGCAGCAGCCAGAAGAACAAUGGAUCAGUCCCACAAGAAAAUGGCAUCAAGAAACACAGGACAUCUCUCCCUGCACCCAUGUUUUCCAGAAACAAUAUCAGUGUGUGGAGUAUCCUGAAAAAAUGUAUUGGACUGGAACUGUCCAAGAUCACGAUGCCCAUUGCCUUCAACGAGCCGCUGAGCUUCCUGCAGAGAAUCACGGAAUAUAUGGAACACACUUACCUCAUCAACAGAACCUCCUCAAUGUCCGACUCCAUAGAGCGCAUGCGGGCAGUAGCUGCUUUUGCUGUGUCAGCAGUUGCGUCGCAGUGGGACAGAACUGGAAAGCCCUUUAAUCCUUUGCUGGGAGAGACCUAUGAACUUAUCAGAGAGGACCAGGAUUUCCGAAUAGUGUCUGAGCAGGUAUCCCAUCAUCCUCCAGUGAGUGCAUUUCAUGCAGAGAGCCUGGCUGGGGAUUUCGUGUUCCACGGCUCCAUCUACCCUAAACUUAAAUUCUGGGGCAAGAGCGUUGAGGCAGAGCCUAAAGGGACUAUCACACUAGAGCUACUCAAGCACAGGGAGGCAUACACAUGGAGCAACCCUAACUGCUGUGUACACAAUGUCAUACUGGGAAAACUGUGGAUAGAACAGUAUGGCACAGUAGAAAUAGUCAACCACAGCACUGGAGACAAAUGUGUGUUGAAUUUCAAGCCCUGUGGGAUGUUUGGCAAAGAGCUACACAAAGUGGAGGGAUACAUCCAAGACAAGAGUAAAAAGAAGCUUGCUGUCAUCUAUGGGAAAUGGACUGAAUGCAUGUGGAGUGUCGACCCUCAGGCCUAUGAAGCACACAAGAAGUCUGAGAAGAAAGGAGACAACAAAAAGCAGAAAAAUGAUGAACUUGAGGGCGCUGAGAACGAUGACGCAGAUGACAUGCCCGAAGUCCAAGAGACUGUGUCUGUUGUACCAGGAAGCACUCUGUUAUGGAGGAUAGACUCUAGACCAGCACACUCUUCUGUGGUAUCAAAAAUAAAGUUACACAUCCAAAUUGGUGGCCCAGAACGCACACACGCAAACACACUCAUUCUUGACAUCUUUUAUUCUUUCUCUGUUUCCCAGAUGUACAACUUCACAAACUUUGCGAUGUGUCUGAAUGAGCUGGAGCCCGGCAUGGAGGCCAUCCUGCCCCACACAGACUGUCGCUUCAGGCCUGACAUCAGAGCAAUGGAGAACAGCAACAUGGAUGAGGCCAGUAAAGAAAAGGAAAGACUGGAGGAGAAACAGAGAGCUGCCAGAAAAGAGAGAGCCAAGAGAGAUGAGGAGUGGUCUACUAGGUGGUUCCAGAUGGGCACCAAUCCAUACACAGGUUCCCAGGAUUGGAUCUACACUGGUGGAUACUUCAACAGGAACUACCAAGACUUGCCUGAUAUCUACUGAAAACCUACUUGCCUUUCUCCUCCUCCUCCACCACAUCUAUAACCUCCCGUUAC